AUGGUGCCCGUGGGCACAUCGAGCUCCUACGUCACAUGUUGUCCUUCCUCACGCCGGGAUCUGCUGGACAGACUGCCGGACGGAGACUCAGCUGGGAACAUGGCAGACGAGGAGGACUCUGCCCCGGACCCGGGCAGCCCUGGCUGCGGGCCGCCUCACUCUGUUUCUUUCUCCGACAGCGUGCAGCCGGCCGUAGGCAUGAUGAGCCAGCUGCUGAGCCAGCCGUCCUCCCUGAAGUUUGACAAGAACAUAAAGCAGGCCUUCUACAACACCGGGGCGAUGAUCUUCGUGGGCAUCUGCUGCGGGGCGGCCGUGCUGGUCUACUUCAUCCUGGAGGCUUUCCUCCGGCCGCUGCUGUGGGCGGUGCUGUGCGGCACCUUCCUGCACCCCUUCAAGCACUCGCUGGCCCGCCUGGGCCGCUCGUGGCUGGGCGGCCUGCAGGACAGCGGCACGCCCGCGGUGGUGGGGCUGCUGCUGGUGCCGGUGUGGUGCGUCAACUACGGUGCCGAGGCGCUGGGCCGCCUGCUGCUGGAGCGGCUCACCGUUCUACUGCUGGUGGGCACCGGGGCGCCGCUGCUCUACCUGCUCUACCUGUCCUGGAGCAUCACCGGCAUGCAGCUGGUGCUGGGACACACCUGCGGGGCCGUGGCGGCGCUGCUGGACUGUUUCCGCGCAGUCUGGGUUUGCACGGUUGUUUUUGGCUACUUGCUGGCCGUUUGUCUCAAGUGGAGCCCCCAAACCGAGCGCUACCUGAGGGCUCUGGCUCUCCCUGUCUGGGCUAUCCUGCUCUUCUUUAUUGUGUCUCUGACUGGCUCGUGGAGAGUGCCCAUAUUUGUGAUUGUGGUGAUCCUCCUUGUUGUCGGCUCCCUGGAGAAACCACCUGUCCCUGGCAGAGGAGAGCUGUCGGGCCAGGUGCUGUCAUUCGCUGCAAACACUAUUUACAUGGCGAUUUCCUGCGGCAGUCAUCAGCUGAAAACUGAUCCCAGUCAGAGUUCCAGCAAAGAUGGCGUGCCAGCAGUAGGUCCCCUUCCCGCCACCCCUGGAUUCCCUCGGGGCUCUCGUUCUCUACCAGCCAGCCUCUUCCUGAAAGAGAAGAGUUCCCGUAAAGCCAGCGAUAUCUAUUUUAUUCUGCUGGUCUGGGCCAUCGUGCUGGUUCAGUUGUGGCUCAACCUCUGGAUCCUCCAGCUGCUGCCUAUCCCUGUGGCUGUGUGGGUGCUGAAAAAGCUGGUGGUCCACUUUGGUCUGAAGAGCUUUGCAGAACGGACUCUGAGCUCAUGGUGGACAGUGUUGGAGAAGUUUGGACGUGAACGUGAAGAUGCCUUGCUGCCUGGACCAAUCAAAGGCCUGGCUCAGUUUCUGCUGCGUAUUGACACCAAGCUCUGGCAUUGGCUUAACAAGCAGAUGGUAGUCUGGUUGGAGCGAUCGUUGGAUAAAAUCAUCAGCAUUUUCAUCAUUUUCCUUCUGGUCACAGGAACCCUGCUUAUGGCUCUGCUGCUCACAGCUAUGGUUCACAAUGAAAGUGUUCACAUCAUCGAGGUAACCAGUAACCUCAUCAACGAGACCAUUUCUAACCACCCCGAAUGGGCCAAUUGGCUCCCAGAAGCGCGUGUGGUGCAGAAAGCUCUGAAUUCAGCUGCUACUAAUGUUUAUCAGCAUGGGAGAGAAUGGAUAACGCAGAAGCUUCACAAGAUGUUAGGCGAUAAGGUGAACCAUACUGCAGUGAUCGAGAAGCCGGUUUUGGAGCUAUGGGACAGACUGUACCAUUCCUGGUUUGUGAAGAAUGUCACCCACUCUGGACGUCACCGUGGGCAUAAGAUGACGGGUCAGAGACAGAAUAGCUGGCUAGGAGACAUCCUGGACUGGAAGGACAUUGCCUCUUUUCUACAGGAAAAUAUUGAGACUCUGCUGUCUAUUCUGGAGUCUCUGUGGGUGGUGAUGAGCAGGAACGUCGGGCUCCUCAUUUCCACCACCACCACCCUCCUCACUGUCUUGUUCCACAGCGGCACGGCGCUGCUCAACUUCGCACUGAGUCUGGUGAUUUUCCUGACUACUCUCUUCUACCUGCUGAGCUCCAGUGGUGAAUAUUAUAAACCUGUUAAAUGGGUGAUCAACCUGACACCUCUCUCCCAGCCGGGACCCUCCUCUAACAUCAUCGGCCAGUCUGUAGAAGAGGCCAUCAGAGGAGUGUUUGACGCCUCUCUGAAAAUGGCGGGCUUCUAUGGCCUCUACACCUGGCUCACCCACACCAUCUUUGGAAUCAACAUAGUCUUUAUUCCUUCUGCUCUGGCUGCCAUUCUGGGUGCCGUGCCGUUCCUCGGGACCUACUGGGCAGCGGUGCCGGCCGUGUGUGACCUGUGGCUGGCGCAGGGAGAAGGUGUCAAGGCUCUGCUGCUGCUCAUUUGCCACCUGCUUCCGACAUAUUUUGUAGACACGGCCAUCUACUCAGAUAUUUCAGGGGGUGGACACCCGUACCUGACGGGUCUUGCAGUAGCAGGCGGAGCGUACUAUCUGGGCCUGGAGGGGGCCAUUAUUGGGCCCAUCCUGCUCUGCAUCCUGGUUGUGGCAGCUAACAUCUACAGUGCCAUGCUGAUGAGUCCGAGCUCCUCGCUACCCACACCAGUGCAGGCAAACUGGCCUGCUCAGCACUCGAGGACAUUCAUGGAGUCCACUCCAUCCAUCCUGAAGAAGACCAAUGAGUGAACGUAAGACGGUGUUUCCCUGUGGAACGUCAUCCGGCUUCCUAUUGGCUGGUUCCUCAGGGAAAGGAGGGGCCUCGCCACGCCAGAGCUCCUCCGGACGCUACCUGGCUCUGCAGGGUCGACUUGGACCAAGUGUUGAAGGCGAUGUACCAAGUCAUGAUGCUGUUUGCUCUCAGGAGCGGCUCCUCUGAACAGCUCCUUUCCUACAACAGGCUUAUAUCCUGAUCCCCUACGUGGACCAAUGACGGCACGUUAGGUUUAUGAUAUUGUAUGACAGAGAUAUUGAUGCUACUCGCGUCAUCUCUCUGAACUCAGUGCCUAAUUUUAUUUUGGAAUAUUGGCAAAAGUCUAAUAUUCUUUGUUUUUUUUGUACAAUGAUAUAUUUGAUCUACGAAGCCUCUGAUCUCACUCCUGCCCUCCCUGCCUGUGUCUCUCUUGCACGUCCUCCCUACCUCUCUCUUCACAGAGGCUCGAGUAGAGUUUGUAGUGAAGCCUGGUUUGUGUGAAGAUGAAAUGAACUCUUCUUGUUACAAAGCUCAGAUGUGGCUCAAGACGAGGGGCUAUUGAUGGUUUCUCUGCUAAGUUAAAGUGUUAAUUGUGAUAGAAGCUGUGAGUUAUCAACACUCAGACUUUGCCAUAACGAAGAUGUGCACUCGUGCUUUCAUGAACAUGACUGUGUCACCAUUACUUUUUUUUUUCUCUCUCAUCUUAAAGGUCGAGUUUUAGCAAAAGUCUCUGUUGAGAUUUUAAUGGUUACAGGUUCAGACUGUGCUUCUUAGCCAUUCACAGCCGGAAUAGGUCAGACAGCUACUGUAUUAACUUAUUGAAAGCUUUUUCUCUUUCUUAGGCACAAAUACCCAGAGCUUUUUUAAUCUGCACUUAACUUAUCUGCAAGUGCAGAAGCACAUUUACACUCAGAGAUCCUUGAUUCCGUUACCUUUACCUUGCAAGCACUUUUAGGUUUUAGCAAAAUGUGAUGGUCCACCGCAUCGUGUGAUUCCAUCAGCGUAAAGGAGAUGUCUGUAUAUUUUCUGCUAAAUUCACAUGCUCUUGCAUUUCAAAAGCCCCACUUUGGCAAGAGUGCAAGCACUUUUUAGAAAGGAGAGUUUAAAGUAGUUUAUGGAGUUUACAUAACUUGAAGCUUUAACGAACAAGCAGAACGGGUGUGUUGUGUCUGUACACUAAUACUACUCACUGAUCAUACGGCUACCAUGUUAGCUAUCAGAGGGUGGUGAGUUUGGGCUGAAAGAAAUGGGUGCAGAGUAUGACUAAUAAACUGUAGUUUUCCUUUGAUACGGUUGCUGUUUAGUUUUUUAAAUACUGAAUAUGCACUGAAUAAAUAUUGUAAUUAAACCUGCG